AUGUUAGUUUCAGCUUUGGUUAGUGGCCUUGUUGGCGCUUCGGUCGUCAACGCCCAAUUGGGAAGCACUUCUGCUCAAAAGCCAUUUUCUCAAGAGAUCCAAGAUGGAUACAAUCCUUUAAAACACUUUGGUGGUUUGGGUCCUUACACCAACAGACAAUCUUAUGGUAUUGAAAGAGAGACUCCUGAACAAUGUGAGGUUGAUCAAGUGUUCCUUCUUAUGAGACACGGUGAGAGAUACCCUGACAGUUUCACUGCUGCUCCUAUGCUCAGCUCUCUUCAAAAGAUCCAAAACUCUGUCAAGACUCCUAAGGGAUCUCUUGCUUUCCUCAAUGACUGGGACAACUUCCUUUCUGAUCCCAAUCUUUUCUCUCAAGAGAGUUUCUCCGGACCUUACGCUGGCCAUCUCAAUGCUUACAACAGAGGUGUUGAUUACAGAGCUCGUUACGACCAUCUUUGGACUGGUGAACAAGUCCCUAUUUUCACUUCUGGUUAUGAGCGUGUUAUUGACACCGCCAGAAAGUUCGGUGAGGGUUUCUUUGGAUAUAAUUACUCUACUGCUGCAGCCAUUAACAUUAUUCCUGAGACCCCCGACCAAGGUGCUAACAGUUUGACUCCUACCUGUUUCACCCCCACCAACAAUGUUCCCAGCUGGAUCAGUGUCACUGCUGAGAACUUGGCUCCUUUCAAGAUCUUUGCUGCUGAAGCUGACCGUCUUAACGAGGAGAACCCCGGCCUCAACUUGACCAACGUUGAUGUCUACAACCUCCUUCAAUUCGCUCCUUUCGAGUUCAAUGUUAGAAAGACCUCGCCAUGGCUCGACGUUUUCACCAGAGACGCCUGGGAGACCUUUGGCUACGCCAACAACUUGUUGUACUACUACUACGCCGGUCCUGGUGUUAACACCACUGCUCCUAUUGGCUCAGUCUAUGCCAAUGCCACUCUUGCCAAGAUGAAUGAGGGCCCUUCCACUGGUGGAAAGCUCUUCUUCAACUUUGUCCACGACACCAACAUCACCCCUGUUUUGGCUGCUCUUGGUCUUAUUAUCCCCGACAAGGACCUUCCUACCACCUAUGUCCAACACGACACCAUCUACCAAUGUUCCGAGUUCGUUCCUAUGGGCGGUCACCUCCUUCUCGAGAGAAUGACCUGUAACGCUACCAAGCAAUACGACGCCGGAGUCUACGUCCGUACCAUUGUCAACGAGGCUGUUCUUCCUCAUGAAGACUGUCAAGACGGACCUGGUUUCUCCUGUUCUUUGCAGAACUACACUGCCAAGUUGCAAAGCACCCUCCCCGAGUACGCCACUGCCUGUGACGUUCCCGCCGAGUACCCCCAGACCCUCUCUUUCUUCUGGGACUACAACACCACCACCACCUUCAACUACCUCAAGGGUGACAUCCCCUCUCAACUCGCUGGUACCACCUGGGACGAGAAGCCCGUUGGCACCAAUUAG